UACUACGACUACUACUACUACUACUACUACUACUACUACUACUACUACUACUACUACUACUACUACUACUACUACUACCACUACUACUACUACCACUACUACUACUACUACUACUACUACUACUACUACUACUACCACUACUACUACUACUACUACUACUACUACUACUACUACUACUACUACUACUACUACUACUACUACUACUACCACUACUACUACUACUACUACUACUACUACUACUACUACUACUACUACUACUACUACCACUACUACUACUUUAUAUUACUCCAACUACUACAACUAUUAG